AUGAACGUGUGGAAAAUAGUUGGUGGUGUUUUGGGGGGAGCUCUGAUUUUGGCCAUUGGAUUACUCAUUGGACACUUUGGCAUCUCAAAGACCUCCGAGACACCAUCAUGGGUUAAAGACCUUUCUACCGAUGUCGAUGAAGCUUUCAUUCAGGAGUUCAUGAAAGAAGUAAGCAGUAAUAACAUCAGGGAACAUCUGAGGAAACUCAGUGCGAAACCUCAUAUGGCCACAACCAAGGGGGAUGAAGACUUAGUGAAGAUGAUCCUAAAUCAAUGGAAGGACCCAACAUUUGGACUUGACGAUGCUAAGGAGGAAAGAUACGAUGUCUAUCUAUCCUUCCCUAAAGCAGACCAGCCCAACAAUGUCCGAGUUGUUACGUCGAGUGGUGAAGAGAAAUUUAUGUCACGACUCACUGAAAAAUUCCUAACUGGUGAUCAGAGUGAUCCCGAUGUGGUUAAGCCAUACGCUGCGUAUGCUCCCAGUGGAAAUCCAAAGGGAAAGCUGGUAUAUGCCAAUCAAGGUAAAAUGAGUGACUUUGAAACACUUAAUAAAACCAUUGAUCUCAGAGGAACCAUUGCUAUUGUGCGCUAUGGAGGAGCUGGCAGAUCUGCUAAGGCAAUAAAUGCUGCCAAAUUUGGAGUGAUUGGCCUCAUUGUGUAUACAGACCCGAAAGAUAUCAAUGAUGGUUAUACUAGUGAGUCUCAGACAUAUCCUAAUUCCUGGUACAUGCCCCCAUCUGCGGUAGAGCGGGGAUCCUAUGUUGAAGACUUUGGAGAUCUGCUCACGCCGUAUUAUCCUGCUAAAAAUUUUUCCUACAGAAUAAAUCAAAAUGACAUUAUAGGACGCCCUCCAAUCCCAACUCAACCAAUAGGUUUUGAUGAUGCAGAGCAACUUAUAUGUCAACUGAAUGGUGCAGAAGCUGACAAUUCCUGGCAGGGUAGUUUGUCAUGUAGAUACAACAUUGGGCCCGGUUUUCGUCCCGGUGGAGCGUUUAAUGACAGUGAUGUCCAGGUUAAUGUUUAUAAUUAUGCAGAAAUUAAGUCCUCAGCAAAUGUGAUGGGCAUUAUCAGAGGAAGCGUGGAGCCUGAUAGGUACAUCAUGUACGGUAAUCACAGAGACAGCUGGGUCCAUGGAGCAAUAGACCCCAGCAGCGGUACCGCAGUCAUGCUGGAAGUUACAAGGGUGCUUGGAACAAAGGUCAAAGCAGGCAAAUGGCGUCCACGUCGAACUAUCAUUUUUGGAAGCUGGGGAGCAGAAGAAUUUGGUUUAAUUGGAUCUACAGAAUUUGCAGAGGACUACUACAGUAAACUAAGGGACAGGACUGCAGCAUAUAUCAAUGUGGACAUUUCUGUGUUUGCUAAUGCAACACUAAGAGCUCAAGGGACGCCGCCGGUUCAGAAUGUUAUUUUCACUGCUGCAAAACAGGUGCAAACACCAGUCAGCUCUUCCCUGAGUGUCUACGACAACUGGAUCCGUCAUUUCAAUCGAACCAGCACAAUCUAUAAUGGACUGAUACCUCAGUUGGGUACACUUGGUGCAGGCAGUGACUACGCCCCAUUCCUUCACUAUUUGGGCAUCAGUUGCAUGGACCUCGCAUACACCUACGACAGGAGCAAGUCAUCUGCCCGUAUCUAUCCAGCUUAUCACACUGCUUUUGACACGUUUGAUUAUACAGAUAAGCAUAUUGAUCCAGGAUUUACCAGUCAUCAAGCAGUGGCCCGCACGGCUGGUAAUGUUCUACUGCGACUUGCAGACAGUCUCAUCCUUCCACUUGGGCCAAGAGAUUACUCAGAAACAUUGGAAAACUACUACAAGACUGCUGAAACACAGUUUUCUGCCCAGCUCACAGCCAGGAGCAUCUCUUUGGUGCCAUUGAAGAAUGCAAUUGCAAGAUACCAGAAAUUUUCUGAUGAGCUCGACAAGACAAUUUCAGAGCUGAAGGAUGCAGAAAAGACGACACCAUUUAGAGUUCGAAUGAUCAAUGACCAACUAAUGCUGCUGGAGCGGGCUUUCAUCAAUCAUUUUGCCUUCCCGGAUAAACUUUAUUACAGUCAUGUGAUCUGGGCAUCCCGGAGUUCCAGCGUUGUCACCUUCCCAGGAAUAGCAGAUGCUUAUGCCAAGGCAAGUUCCACAGGACUGCCAAAGGACUGGGACCAGGUUCACCACCAUAUUACUGUGGCUGCUACAGCGGUGGAUAACGCGGCAUCAACUUUGGAAACUGCUGCAUCCAUUUAAGAAUAAGACUGAGACCUCAGUCACACAUGGAGGCAGAUUUACUAAUCCUGUACUCAGUGUGAACUUAAACUGUUUAGAUCUGCAACACAUUUAUAACAGUAUACUUUUGUCUAUGUUUAUACCACCUAUUGGUUGGUUUACUUUUUGACUGUGUUUUUGGCUUGCAA